GUGUGGGGUCAGUGAAUGACAGUGUCGUACAGGAGCUGACAGGAGGAAGCUUGAGGAAGGCCAGCUGGAGGUGGAGCUCUGUUUAGAGACAAACCUCGAGUGGAGUUAGCGAGCGAUGCGAGCUCUCGGUUAGCUGCCCGGAGAAAUGGGAAGGACCUGAGACUGGGGAAACGGAGGAAACGGCGUUUCCAUCGAUUUAUCAACACACACACCUGCUGGGAGAGACGAGUGCUGCUGUGAUGAAUAAAAACUUGUGCAUCCAUUCCUGGCCUGGUUCAUACUAUCUCGACAGUGAGAAACGAUGGGUUUAUGGCAAACUGUCGCUCACACCAGGCCAAUUGGCAUUUACAUCCGACAAGGAGGGGCUUACGCUGACCAGCUUCAAGCUCUCUGCCAUCACCAGCAUCAAGAAGGAGGCAUCCAGCUUCAUAUUCAGCUCACUCACCGUGCUGGUAAAUGGCAAUGAGAAGCACUGGUUCAGCUCACUGCAACCCAAUCGGACAGUGGUGUUUAACGUAAUCGAGCACUUCUGGCAAGCACAGUUGCUUUCGUCGGAAGGGGUGGAAGUAGAGGCCAGCCCUGAUCGCACAUCCAAGGGAAAGCAGCUUAUCCACUUGGCUUCCAGCUCCCACCAACGCUUGGAAGACACGGCAAAAGUCUUGCUUCAUCAGGGAGAGCAGUUUGAUCGCAUCAUGAAAGGGCUGGACAAGAUCGAGUCAGACAUGGAUGUGGCAAACAGACUGUUAACUGAACUGGAGUCUCCACCGUGGUGGCCGUUCAGCAGUCGCCACCGAAAGGCUCAACAGGAAGCAAAGAGUCGGCAAGAACUCCCACGCUCUGCCUCAAAGGCCUUCGGGAAGGAAGGCUUGAUAUUAAAAGUCCCUGUCCUUUACUCCCAAGGUCAAGAUCCCAACCUGAAACAGGGUACACUUGCAGUUCUUUGCUCAGGUCUGGAAAUCUGUGAUUCAAAUGACGAGCUUGUGCAUAAGUUCCGAAGGGAGGAGGUCGAUGAUGUUAAAGUGCAAAGCCCUUAUGAAAUGGUUGUCCGUCAGAGGUUCAUAGGGAAGCCCGAUAUCUCCUUUACCCUACAGUCUGCGAAGAUGACUGAUGUUGUUUCCAUUGUGGAGAUACAGUACUCCAAAAAAGUGCAAUUCAGAGAUGAUUUGUUGGGGCUCUUCAGACCAGAGGACUCUCCUGUUUCAGAGAACCUCAGCAUGGGCGGCUCCAUAUGGAAUGCAGCAACUGGCUUCUUGGAUAGAGUUAUGCAUCCUGUUUCAGCAAGCGGUGGACAGAUGUCUCAACAAGUGUCUGAGCAGACAGUUUCGGAGGCCGAGGCUCAAGAGCUGAGACAGAUCUUACGGAAGUUGAAGACGAUCGCGCUGGAUACUGAGGCUGAGCUAGAACGCCAGGAUGAAGUGUUGGAUGUCAUCAGUUCCUCCACGGACCAGGCAACGUCCCGGAUAAACAUGAGUCACCGGCGAAUGCGGAAACUCCUGUAGGACUUGAGCUGACCAAAUAUUGCAAUGCUCAGUCAUGUUCAACAUGGCUCGCUCUUCAACAGACCGUCAGCAUUUAGAUGGGAUGCUUCAAUGAGCUGGAACAACAAUGGGUCAGAUAGCAAUGAAUUGGGUUCUCUCACUCCUUAAAGUUUGAAAGGAAAGACCUGUUUGUGUGUACUUGUCUUGGGACUGUUGACAAACUUCUUAUAAAUUGUUACAACAAUCUGUGGCCAGUCUGCUGGUCGGCUUCAUCACCAACAUGUCAACAUACGUAGAGGAGCUAAGAAUGUGCUCUUGUCAAUCAGACACCAUUUCCAUGACAACCAUCUUACCAUUAAUAUUCAAUUGUUUUAGAACACUAUAAAGUUUAGGUAAUGGCAGGAAGGCUUGAAAAAUACUAUAGAUUUGCAAUCUAUUAAAAAGCAUCAUCUUUAAAAGCAAUGAAUGAGACUUAAUGAUACAAUAAUGUUUUUUCUUUCUAAGGGAAUAUAGAUAGAUAUACCCUUGAGUCAAGAUUCUCCCCAUAUUGAGUAUGCCUUUCUGGUUGCUUAUAAAUUUACAAGGGGUACCAUACCGCUUCACCGUGUAGAGGAGAGUCAUGCAAAACUGUAAAUGUGCCAAUACUUGUCCUGUUAAAGUUUAAAGCUUGGACAAAUUUCGCUAAUCCAUGACACAUUAUUGCUUCUUCCUCAGGUUAUUCCUGGUGAAUUGUAUCCACUAGAGAUCAACAACAAAGUGCCAAUAAUAUGCAGCUGGUCGAGCAGUUUGAGAGUUUUUCUGGUGAGACACCACCCAAAAUGUUUCUCACUUGAGAUUCUGAGAGAGCUGCUUUUACUUUAAGAUUUCCUGCAUUUGUGGUCCUUCCUUGCAUUUUGUGCCUUGGAUGAACAGUUUGAUUAAGUCAUAAUUAUUGCUUUGCAACAAGACAAUGUUUGGGGAGGAAAGAGAACAGAAAUUUGUAACUUAGGCCAUAGAGUGAGUGAUGGGAUUUGGGAUUGCAAAGGCUCGGGUCAAGUAUAAUAGGGAGUGAGGGUAGUAAUCAGGCUUAAAAUCUGACUGCAUCAGUAAAGAAUCUUGUUUCAGUCAGUUGCUACAAAUACAAUUAGUGCAAACGAAUGGCAACAUUAAUAUAUGGUGAAUUCCAUUUGUUAGCCAUCCUAUCAGUUGCAUUUUGGGGAUGCUUUGUGUAGUGCAUAUCCCCUCAAAAAAAGGUCAAACAAGGCAAACAGACUUGCAGCUCUACUCUCAAUGGUUUAUUGGACUUUUUGCUUCAAUGCAAUAAUCAUGCUUAUCCCUCCCUAGAUAUCUCUAUUCUGUGUUCUACUAGGAUUUGGUCUGUGGGUGACAUUUUCAUGUAUACGCUUGAACUGUAGGAGGGGUGGGAAGCGAACAUAAAAUACUGUUAUCGACCGUGCCCUUUUGAUAUAUUUGUGGCACCUGAAGAAAGUUUUGAUGUGUAUACCACAAAGGUAAAGUGAUGAUGAUUAUAGCUCUACCUCUGCCACUGGUGACUGCGUGGUGAAGUAAACACUAUGAAGAAUUAAAUCUAUCACACGAGAUAUUAAAAAACAAAAUUUAAAUGCAUUGCUUCCAGAAUGUACUAUAUUGGUACUAAUAUGCUAAAUACACACUGCAAUAUAUACUUAGCAUGCUAGUGAUACCUAGGGCUAAAAUAUCAAUACUGCAUCAGCAGCAGUCUCUUCAAGACAAUCUGGAAUUUUAAAUCAAAUGGUCUUGGGAGUUUCCUCUAUAUUUGACAUAUCUCUUUAUAAUGUUAAUUUGCUGCCUGUUUGUACUUAUGGUUAGCUGCAAAUGUAUACAUUAGGAUGUUGCAAGGCUUAUUAAGUUAAAUUCUUGAUUUAUGGAUGAAGUUGUAAUCAUAACGUGCAUAUCCAAUAUGUAAUGCUAGUUAACAUAUUCUCCUUUUAAUGAUUGUGAUGAUUUUGAUGACGGUGCAUGGGCAUGUCGUUACCGCUGUGAGUGGAUGCAGCUUUCCUUUGGAGACAUAAAUGAAAAAGUAGGAGGAAUGGUGCACUUUAAUAAACUUCAAGAUAUAAAUGGAGCACUUUCUGUGCUGUGGAGUUAUGUUCAUUGGCAUGGUCUAUUUGGCAGGAUCGCACAUGUAACUUUAAAAUGUCACAUUAAUUGACUGCUUGUUGUGAAUCAUAAUAUACUAGGACAUGCUGGAAAUGUUCAGUAGAAUUGCUUACUUUUAAGAUAUAACUUUGGCAUUGUUUACAGUUAUUUGAGUGUACGGCACUUAAUAUUUUUGCUCUGUGAUGGGUAUUGAAGUAGGAUUAACAGUCCCUUAUUUCCAUCACCACUCCUUCCAAACUGGGAGAUGGAAUAAUGUUUAUAGAGACAUAGGAUAAUUGACAUUGUAGCACAUGGAUAAGCAACACUCAAUGUGUUGAGUCUGCUUUCAUGGAUGGAUGAAUUUGAGUAGGUAGACUCAGUAAGAGACAAUUGCUAUUCUUGCUCCACCCCUACACAAGGAAAGGAGAAGGAGGUGCAGUGAGAAAGACUGCAGAUUAUCACUUAAAAAUAAUGGAAGUCUUGAAAGCUUGAGCUUUUAGCACUGUUUGGCACGAUUGGCACUGAAUUCACAACUAUUGCUGAUAAACUAGAUGUUGAUGUGAUCUUGGCAAAGCCUGUAGUUAUUGCUUUUUUUUUUCUGGAAUGUCAAAAUACUUACCUGGACAUUUUGCUUUUCAACUCUACAAAGUGCGUUAGCAAAUUGCUACUGGUAAAUUGUUCCUAAGCUUGUUACUGGAUUCUAGUAGGUUCUGAACUACAAUAUUUCACUGCUACUGUUUUGUCCUUGUUACUGAUAGUGCCACUGAUGUACAUGCAUCUUGCUGUCAAAAACAAUGAGUCUUCUAUAGCACUUUAUCCUCAAGAAAUAACACCUUAUUUUCCCAAUAGAUCUCAGCCUUCCUAGAAACUAUCCCAUCAUCUUUGCAUUGAAGAAUUUGGCUGCAUAUCAAGGAUGCUGUGUCUUGGCCUUAAUAACUUUUCAGACAACCCUUUACAAUUUUUGAUAUUGUAAAAAUAAAAAUCUUUGUCAGUCUUAACCUUUUAGUUCACAACAGAGAUUCUGUGUUGUCUUCUCCUGCAGCUCAGCUUAUCCUAAAAGUAUAGUUUCAGGCUUGUUCUUUUUCCGGCUAUAUAUGGGGUUUAUAAUGUUCUUUCAGAACAACUACCUUCACGAGAGAUGGUGCCCCUUGUCUCAUUCCUGAUGAGCUGUAAUUUGAGCAUUAGAGAUUAAUCAUGUCUGGUUUUCAUCUAGGCUCCUUUAUAGUGACACCUUCAACUGCAACAGGAAGAGGUGUGGGAAGCUUUUCUCGAUCCUGUUGAAUUCGUAUAGUGAUUCACUUUUUGUAUUUUUGCUUUUAAGUCUUAACAUGGUUGCUCAGUAUAAGAUGUAGAUAUUUUACACUUAACAUCAGCCUGUGGACCUUCCCACACAUAAAUGUAAAACUUCCUCCACUGCCCAAUAACGUGCCUUAUUCCUAAUUUUGGAAGAAACCUUUCUUCUUCCAUCAACUGUGACAUUUCAGAAUUUGCACACCCAGUGGCCUUAGUGAGAUUGCCAAUUUAGUGUUGAAUGUAGGUAACAUAUUGUAGAUUUACAGCCACUAGGAAACUGUUAAAAACUGUCCGAUCUUCUUUCUCUUCAAACACGACUAGAGAAGAGAAAUUGGACUGGACUGAAUUGAAGCCAAAUAUUGGAGUUAACGUAACACCUACACAGGUUCCUUCACAGUUCAUGUUUUAAGUUUGUUCUUGUGAAUAUCAUUACUGUAAUUUCCAAAUUAAAAAUUAUAAUCAGUUUGAUCACAACCAUGGCAUAAACCAUAAACUGUUGAUUCCUAGAUCACUGGCUUCAACACUGCUUCAUAGUCACUGGUUUUCUGGCCUUGAUUUGCUACUCCAUGGUCUUUGAUUUUCUGGCCAUGAUUCUCUGCUGUAUGGAUCCUGGUUAUCUGGCCAUGCAUUUUGAUCAUGGCCUGCUUAUCUAAGCAUUGGUCUCUCAUCAGUGGUGCAUGCUGUCUGGCUGAGAGUGCCUAGUCAAUAAUGCUAGGUUGCCUUGGCCACAAGUUCUUAUGCAUAGACUUUGGCUAUCUUAUGCCAUUGCCACUUGCCCUCUUGCAAUUGGGGCAGCGGUCCAAAGUCAGACAGCCUACGAGAACAUAAACCUAACUUAUCUUGUACAUAGACAAACAUUUUUAUUUGUUGAUCACAAAAUAAUGUGUUUUAAUUUUUUUUUCCUGAGUCUUAGCUGAUGGGAGAAUGUUUUAUGCAUGUCUGUUCGAUUCACCGUUUUGUUUUCUAAUUCUUAUUGUGUGGCCUAAAGGAGUCCAUGGUAUGCAGUCCACAAAAAUGAAAGUUUGGGCACCCCUGACAUUACUUAUAUUUGAUGCUCUUGAGAAGUGUACUGCCAGACCAAUGAAUGAAACCAAAUUCCUGCCAGACACCGUCAUUCUGCAAAUUACAGCAUUGAUUUUCAAAUGGAAUUAUAUAUGUAAUUUUUUUUUGUUUGUGUGGUCUUUAAGAUCAACCGUUGAUUAUAACGACAGAGGGAGUUGAAUUUCAAGUGGUUUCAGGUAAUUGUCUACAGACUCUCUAUGUUUAUGAAAAUGGUUUGUAAUGGGGAGCAGGCAUUAUUAAAUCUCUUGCUUUCUGUACUAUAUUACUGAUUUGCUGUAUGGAAUUGUACACGCUGCCUGUGUCGUGUUUGCUUUGUACAAUAAAUAC